GAAAUUUUUAUGUUUAAACGUCAAAAGGUUAAAGUCAGGAGGUGACAGAGAUUUGGAGACAUCCAAAAUGAAGAAAUUCCUCAUAGCUUACACGGUUGCAGACUUUCUGUUCAACAGUCAUCUAUAUCACAAAGCUAUUGCUAUGUACAGGGAGACCCAAGUAUUGUUGAGAGGAAGUAAAGACAAACUAGAAAUUGUGUUACAUUACAAACUAGCAUGUUCAUACGUAGGUAUAAACGAGUUACAGGAAUCAUUAGAAAGCUAUCGGCAACUUUUAAAAUUCAACGAAGAAGUUGGGGAUAAAGACUGGGAUGUAAUAGCAUUCAGAGACAUCAGUGACGUGCACCGCUCACUGGGUCAACACGUUCAGUCGAUUUUCUUUUUAAGAAAAUUACUUCAAAUUGUUCAAAAAGCUGAGGAUAAACAAGUAGCAGGAGAGGUUUAUCUAAAAAUGGGUGAUUCUUAUCACAAUUUGGGUAAGCUGGAUAAAUCAAUCGAGUGUCAUAAUUACGCCCUGAAAAUCUGCAGAGAAAUUGGCGACAAACAAAUGGAAGGAGACGUACUAUUUCUUCUUGGUGGCACACACAGAGAUCUUGCUCAUUACUCAGAAGCAAUCAAAUGCCUAGAAGAGUCAUUGGAAAUAUUAAAAAAAUUUGGCAAAUGCAAAGCAGAAGGAGAGUCAUACCGACGUCUCGGAAUGACCUAUCAAGAGAAGGGCGAUUAUGACAAGGCGCUAGAAUGCCAUUUUAAGUCACUAGAGCUGAUGGUAGAACACGGAGAUGAGGUGGAUGUAGGUGUUUCUUACAAUAACAUUGGCACUACCUACAAUGCCAAAUCCAGGAACUAUGAAGCACUGAAUUAUUUCCAAAAGUCACUUGCUAUUAUGGAAAAAUGUGCAAGAACGACAGAAUUAGGAAAAGCUCAUCAUGGCCAUGGCCUUUGUUAUUCAGGGCUCGGUCGCUAUGCGGAAGCCAUGGAACACCAGCUACAAGCAGUGAAAAUCUUGGAAGAAACUGGAACCAUGUUCGAAAUAGGCCGAGCCAGAAGUCUAUUGGGGAACAUGUACAAUGUAAUCGGCCAAAUGAAGGAAGCAAUGCAUAGUUUUCAGAAAGCCAUUAAAUGUAGUCAGACUGCUGGGGACAGGAAAAUAGAGUCAAACGCCUACCGUGGUCUCGGGGACGUAAGUGUUUGUUUAGGAAACCAUUUACAAGGGGAAAAGUACUUCCAAAGAGCCCUUAAAAUCGCAAAGGAAACUGGGGAUAAAAACCAGGAGGCAAAUAGCUACUCAGGCCUUGGUUUCUGCUACAUGUCUUGCGGUCGAUUUAAAGAAUCUUUAGACAACUUUAACUUAGCAAUUCCCAUUAUGGAAGAAAUGGGAAUUGAUAGUGAUUUAGCAGGAACCUUGAUUAAUGCUGGAAGUACAUACAAAGCUCUUGGAAAUCUGAAGAAAGCAAAGAAACUUCGAGAGAAAGCCCUUAAGAUAACAAGAAAAAUUGGAGACAAAGGAAGAGAACAGGAAGCCCUCCACUUGUUAGGAAUCUCUUACAGUGAGGAGGGAGAGAUAAAGAAGGCGAAAGCCUGCUUUUCUAAGAGCAUUGCUUGCGCUGAAAAGAAUCGCGAACUACUUCAGGACGAACAUAAACUUUCACUGGAUAACCUAACUUUUCUCAGCUAUGAGAGCUUAUGUUCGCUUCAUAUAAGUCAAGGGAAUUUUUGUCAGGCACUGUGUGUCGCAGAGCGAGGACGCGCACGAGCUCUUGGCGACUUACUGUCUAAGAAAUAUGGUAUCCAAAGGAAGAAUUCACACGAAUUUUAUUCAAAUAGUGUUAGGGAACUUUCUAUCGGGAACCAAAGUACUAUCCUCUUCAUUGCCAAGCCUUUUGGUGGAAGAGAACUAUAUUCGUGGGUUUUGGAAGAUGCAGAAAUUCAAUUUAAGUCUUUGCAAUUCAAAAUGGCAGAGAACCCUAUCGAUUUGCUUACGAAUUUGCAAAGAGGACAAUCUCUGCCUGAAUGUGAAGAUCGCUCACUGUCGGCAUACUAUGGAUUAAAACCAUCGUCUGAGAAAAUAAAAGACAAACGCGGGCAGCGUCUCAUGGAAGAAGAAGAGGAAGAAGGGGAAGAAAAGGAGGAUUCUGGCUUCCACCGGUGGUAUAAGAAUAUUUUCACCCCUGUUGCUGAUCUUCUUCAUCGUCAAGAGAUCAUCAUUAUCCCGGAAGGCGAUUUAUUUAUGGUGCCAUUUUGUGCGUUAUGUGAUAACAACGACAAAUUCCUGUCAGAGACCUUCCGAAUCCGCCUGAUUCCAUCCCUAACAGCACUAAGGAUGAUCCAGGACAGUCCUGAAGACUAUCACAGUGCAACUGGGGCGUUGAUUGUUGGUAAUCCUUCUGUUCCCCCACAAGCAAAGUUACCAUCAUUGCCUGGAGCAAGAAGAGAAGCACUGGAAAUUGCAGAAUUGUUGGGUGUGUCGGCUACUGUAGGAGAUGAAGCCACAAAGAAACAGGUCCUCCGACAGAUUCGGAAUGUUAGUUUGAUCCACAUUGCUGCCCACGGUGAUGCAGAAAGAGGAGAAAUUGCCCUUGCCUCAAAUUGCCCCUCGAGACGAACUCUAAGGGAGGAAGACUUCAUGCUUACCAUGGAAGAUGUAGCAAAAGUUGGUACCCGAGCUAAGCUGGUUGUACUCAGCUGUUGUCACAGUGGCAAGGGACAGAUCAUGAAAUCAGAGGGAGUUGUGGGUAUCUCUCGCGCAUUUUUGGCAGCGGGAGCUCGCUCAGUGCUGGUUACCUUGUGGGCCGUGGAUGACCGAGCAACGAAAGAGUUCAUGAUUCGUUUCUACGGACACCUGAAAUGUGAUAAACUGAGUGCUAGUGAAGCUCUUCACCAGACCAUAAAGUGGAUGAGAGAUUCCAAGAGGUACAGAGUCAAGGACUGGGCACCAUUUGUUUUGAUCGGAGAUGAUGUCACUCUGGACUUAUGAAAGAUAUAAUACCUUUGAGUUGCGCAAUAAUCGUUGAUCGGGUGCACAAGUUCUUCUAUCUUAAUGAUCACGUACAUGGAUCUUAUCAGCUCUUUAUUUGAAAUUGUCUGAUUGGCGAGCACGCCACUCUAGAUUUAUGAGAGAUGUUACAAUGUUGAAGUGAGCAACAAAAUAGUCAUUAUCA